AGGGACAAAUGGUUGUAGCUGGUCUUCAGACUCUGGACUUUCUUAUAGACUUGCCUGGAUGAUUUUACUUGAAGUGCUGAAUAGAGAGCAUGAAAGCUUAGGUAUGGCACAGUGAAGUAGUAACUGACUGAUUACCAUGAAGAGAAAUCCUAUAAGCCUGACAAUAAGAGCAAAGCACUCAUAUGCUCAUGAGCUCCAUGCAAGCAGAUUUGUUUGACCUUUGAAAAUUGAUGGUGGUACUUAGUGUCUAUUUGGAGGACACAUCACAAAGUUGGAAGGGUCUUUGCAGAAGCAACCCCAACAAUGUAGAAGAGACAGGGAGAAUUGAUGCGGCAAGUAAAAGAGUGUUUCUCGCGGCUUGUGACUCUCUACCCACUCUUGACGCCACAUACAUACCCUAGCUUGCAUAUGCUCUCCUCUCCUCAAAAUUAAAGAAAAAUCAGUGUUUAGGAAAUUAAGGAUGCAAGUUGAGGAGAUAAAGCCCUCCCCAGUAUCCAACACCAUGAGAAUGGUACAGCGACGAUGUGGUCACCAUCAACCACGAGGGCCGCUCAUGAUCAUAGUGUUGUUCUUCGUGUUGUGCCCAUGAUUUUUUCUUUAACUUUUCCUUUUUGAUUAAUUAACAAUUUUUAAUACACCAUGGGAAUCUAUGCUGUAAUGGGGUUUGUUUAAUUAUGCGUUACCUUAAUUAUUGUUUAAUGUAGUGUCCUUUUUGAAAAGAAACAAGAGAUCAGAAUAUUAUAUGCUGCUGCACAACUUGGCCUUAAAAUAAUGUUAGUAAAUUAUAGUGAAGCAU